AUGGCAUCCUCCCGCACCUCCUGGGCCGACGUCGCCGACGCCGAGCCCGCCCCGCCUCCGCCCGUCACCGCCCCCGCGCCCGCCCCGGCCGCCGCAUCCAACGGCCCCGCCCGCUCCUCCUACGUCCCUCCGCACCUCCGCAACCGCCCCGCCUCCGCCGCCUCCUCCACCCCUGCCGCCUCCGCCCCGCCGCCGCGCUCCACCGCCGGCCUCCUCUCCCGCCCCGGCGCCGCCUCCGCCGGCACCUUCGCUCCCUCCGGCGGCGGAUUCGGCGGGGGCCGUCCCCGCGGGGGGCGGUGGGACCGGGAGCCGGACCCGUUCGCGGACUCCGACCCGGCCCCCACCCCCUCCACCGACACCCCGUUCGAGGAGCAACAGAACACGGGGAUCAACUUCGACGCGUACGAGGACAUCCCGGUGGAGACCUCCGGCCGCGACGUCCCUCCCCCCGUCUCGACCUUCGCGGAGAUCGACCUCGGCGAGGCGCUCAACGACAACAUCCGCCGGUGCAAGUACGUGCGCCCCACGCCCGUGCAGCGCCACGCCAUCCCGAUCUCGCUGGCCGGGCGGGACCUCAUGGCCUGCGCGCAGACCGGGUCGGGCAAGACGGCCGCGUUCUGCUUCCCCAUCAUCAGCGGCAUCAUGAAGGGACCGCCGGCGGGGAGGCCGCAAAGGGGUGGUGGGAUGGGGAUGAGGACCGCGUACCCGUCCGCGCUCAUACUCUCGCCUACUAGAGAGCUCUCCAUGCAGAUUCAUGAAGAGGCCAGGAAAUUUUCGUAUCAGACUGGUGUUAGGGUAGUUGUCGCCUAUGGAGGAGCGCCCAUUACUCAGCAGUUAAGAGAGCUUGAGAGGGGUGUUGACAUUCUUGUGGCUACCCCUGGCCGAUUGGUUGAUUUGUUGGAAAGGGCAAGAGUAUCUUUACAGUCAAUUAGAUACCUUGCCCUUGAUGAGGCAGACAGAAUGCUUGAUAUGGGUUUUGAACCACAAGUUAGAAGAAUUGUUGAGCAAAUGGACAUGCCUCUUCCAGGUGUCAGGCAGACAAUGUUGUUUAGUGCGACGUUCCCAAAAGAGAUCCAGAAAAUGGCAUCGGAUUUCCUGGAUAACUACAUUUUCCUGGCUGUUGGAAGAGUUGGGUCAAGUACUGAGUUGAUUGCCCAGAGAGUUGAGUUUGUGCAGGAGGCAGAUAAAAGAAGCCACCUGAUGGAUCUUCUUCAUGCACAAAGAGAUGCAGGAAAGCAAACUCUCACGCUUGUCUUUGUGGAAACAAAGAGGGGUGCUGAUUCAUUGGAAAACUGGUUGUGCAUGAAUGGGUUUCCAGCUACUUCUAUUCAUGGAGAUAGAAACCAGCAGGAAAGAGAAUAUGCUCUGAGAUCCUUCAAGAGUGGGCAAACUCCUAUUUUAGUUGCAACUGAUGUGGCAGCUCGGGGCCUCGACAUUCCUCAUGUUGCUCAUGUUGUGAACUUCGAUCUCCCCAAUGAUAUUGAUGACUACGUACACAGGAUUGGAAGAACUGGAAGAGCUGGGAAGAGCGGACUUGCAACUGCCUUCUUCAAUGACAAUAACUCAUCGCUGGCAAGAUCUCUUGCUGACCUAAUGCAAGAAUCUAACCAAGAAGUACCUGCAUGGCUCCUGCGCUAUGCAGCUCGUCCUUCUUAUGGUGGUGGUGGUGGGAGGAACCGGCGAUCAGGUGGAGGGAGCCGCUUUGGUGGCCGUGACUUCCGCAAUGAUUCUUCCUCAUUUGGCAAGGGGGGAUCUCGAGGUGGUGGUGACUACUACGGUGGAGGCAGCAGUGGUGGUUAUGGUGGUGGCUCCUCAUAUGGUGGUGGUGGAUACGGUGGUGGAGCUGGGGCUCCGAGUGCCUGGGAUUAA